AUGUGGAUAUUUUCUUGGCUUUGUGCCAUUUUAAUUAUCUUGGCUAUUGCUGGUAUGAACACAAUGGCAAAGACCACACCAGAUACCAAAUUUACGAAGAAAUCUGAGGGAAAGGAAGUGCCGAAGGGUGUGAAGCCGUCCAGCGGUGCCCGCCCGGAGGGAGAAGCGACGCCCUUCACGGAGAGGGCCGGGAUGGCAGCGCCGGGUCCCAAACCCGCAGCCCCAGACUCUGCCCUCGGCACGGCCACCCUCUCUCCCUUCGAAAUUGAGACGGCUGGUGCCUUUUUGAAUUGCUGUGAUUGUUGUUCUCCUGUCCCAGGGCAGAAAGGAGAACCUGGAGCGACUGGAAAGCCAGGUCCUAAAGGAGAAGCUGGUGAUAUGGGGAUCCCGGGGUCACCAGGAGUUGUUGGGCCCCCAGGCCCGAAAGGACAUAAAGGAGAGAAAGGACUUAAAGGAGAACGUGGAGACCAAGGAACAAGCGGAGUUCCAGGAUAUCCAGGAAAACCUGGAGAACAAGGAGGACUUGGCCCCAAGGGGGAUAAAGGAAACAUUGGCCUGCCAGGAGUGAAAGGCCAAAAAGGUUCCCCUGGGGACGCCUGUGAGAACGGCACCAAAGGAGACAGAGGGGACCCAGGGACAGCGGGCCCCCCAGGCUCCAACGGAGGGCCUGGGGCCAAGGGGGACAAGGGGGAUGCGGGGGAGAAGGGCUACUGCGGAGAGUCUGGGGAGAGGGGAGGAAAAGGACAAAAAGGUGAGGGGGGUGUGAAGGGAGAAAAGGGUAACAAAGGGGACCUCGGAAGGGAAGGCAGAAGUGGCCCCGAUGGUCUGCCUGGGGCCAAGGGUGAUCCAGGCCCUAAAGGGGAAAAAGGGGACUUGGGACCUCCUGGUUUCCAGGGACCUGCUGGGCCAAAAGGCGAGCUUGGGAGCAAAGGGGUCCGAGGCCCUACCGGGAAGAAGGGCUCUCGGGGCUUCAAAGGCACCAAGGGCGAGGUGGCCUGUGUCCCGCAGUCGGCUUUCAGCGCUGCUCUGUCAAAGCCGUUCCCUCCUCCCGACACCCCUAUCAGGUUUGAAAAGGUUCUCUAUAAUGACCAAGGGGAUUACAGUCCCCUCACGGGCAAGUUCAACUGCACCCUUCCUGGGACGUACGUCUUCUCCUACCACCUUACCGUGAGGGGCCGACCUGCUCGCAUCAGCCUGGUGGCCCGGAAUAAGAAGCAGUUCAAGUCCAGGGAAACGCUCUACGGUCAGGAAACGGACCAGGCCUCUCUGCUCAUCAUCCUGAAGUUAAGUGCGGGAGAUCAAGUCUGGCUUGAGGUGUCAAAAGAUUGGAAUGGGGUGUACGUCAGCGCUGAGGACGACAGCAUCUUUACUGGGUUCCUUUUGUACCCAGAAGAAACUCCUGGAAUUUCACCAUAA